UAUAUUUUUGGGGGAUUAUUUAGUCUUAUAAUAUCCUCUCCCGCUGUCCCUUCUCUCUCCCUCCAAUUUUCCUCCGACGGAUAAUUCCAUUUUUAGUGCUGACAGAACCUUGAGCGAGUAAGUUACACACAGAGAGAGAGAGAGAGAGAGAGAGAGAGAGAGAGCUCUCUUCUGUCCAAUGGAGAACCUUCUUCUUCCCCUAAAACCCAAAACCCAAUUCCCAACCCCAAUCCCUGCAUUCAUCAAACCCCAACCAACAACCCCCUCCUCAAAACCCAUAACCUCCUUUGCCCAAAACCCCAAACACUUAGCAUCCCACAACAGACCCAUCUCCAAAUCAACCCAUCUCUCUCACAACGCAACUCUCCAAGAAGCCAUCUCUGCCCUCGAAAACGGCACCCAAAUCCGACCCAAGACCUACAUUUCCCUUCUUCAGUCCUGCAUCGACUCCGACGCCAUUGACGAGGGCCGGAGGCUUCACUCUUCGAUCGGCUCGGUUACCGAACAAAACCCAUUUGUAGAGACGAAGCUGGUUAGCAUGUAUGCAAAAUGUGGGUGCUUGGAUGAGGCGCGCAAGGUGUUCGAUGGAAUGCGCGAGAGAAACCUCUACACUUGGUCUGCUAUGAUUGGUGGGUAUUCGAGAGAGCAGAGAUGGGAAGAGGUUGUUGAUUUGUUUUUCGAGAUGAUGAGGGAAGAGGCUGUGCCUGAUUCGUUCUUGCUUCCAAAGAUAUUGCAAGCUUGUUCGAAUGUUGGCGAUGUUGAGACCGGGAGGUUAUUGCACUCUGUUGCGGUUCGAAGUGGGUUCCUGGACUCGUCUGUUGCGACCCAUGUGAGCAAUUCGAUAUUGGCUAUGUAUGCAAAAUGCGGUGAAUUGGAGCUGGCAAAAAAGUUCUUUGGGAGGCUGGAGACUAAGAAUAGGGUGAGUUGGAAUGCAAUUAUAUCUGGGCAUUGUCAGUUUGGUGAGAAUGAAGAAGCUCUUCGGCUAUUUGAGCAGAUGGUGGAUGAAAAUGUUGAGCCUGGUUUGGUUACAUGGAAUAUAUUGAUUGCAAGCUAUAAUCAAGCUAUGGAGCUAAUGGAAAAGAUGGAGAGAGCAGGAGUUUCUCCAGAUGUUGUUUCUUGGACUAGCAUGAUUUCAGGCUUCGUUCAGAAUAACAAAUCGAGCCAAGCAUUGGAUCUUUUCCAAGAAAUGAUUUUAUGUGAAGUAAAACCAAAUGCAAUGACCAUUGCUAGUGUUAUGUCGGCUUGUGCGGAUUUGAGAUCUUUGAAGAAGGGCAAGGAGAUACAUUCCUAUGCCAUUAAGAUUGGAAGUGUCACCAAUGUGUUGGUUCUGAAUGCUUUGGUUGAUAUGUAUGGAAAAUGUGGGAGGCUAGAAGAUGCCGAGAGGCUUUUUGACACAAUCUCCGAGAAAGAUGUUUACACAUGGAAUUCGAUGAUUGGUGGUUAUACGCUUGCUGGUUAUUGUGGUAAAGCUUUUGAACUCUUCUUGAAGAUGGAGACUCUUGGUGUUCGUAGGAAUGUAGUGACUUGGAAUGUGAUGAUGUCGGGUUAUAUACAAAAUGGUGAUGAGGAGCAAGCAAUGGAGCUCUUUCAGAGGAUGGAAAGAGAUGGUAUCAGAAGGAAUACAGCUUCAUGGAACACUCUUAUCUCUGGUUCCUUGCAGAACGGUAAUUUGGACAAUGCCCUUUCUAUAUUUCGCCAAAUGCAGUCUAACCGCGAGAGACCCAAUUCAAUUACUAUUCUUGGCAUCCUUCCAGCCUUUGCCAAUUUACUGUCGACAUUGAAGAUAAAGGAGCUUCAUGCUUCGAUAUUUCACACUGAUUUACAAUCUGAUACUUCUAUUACAAAUGCUCUUAUCAAUGCUUACUCAAACGCUGGUGACAUAAGACUUGCUUAUGCUGUAUUCAAUAACCUGCAAUCAAAAGAUCUCAUUUCAUGGAACUCAAUGAUUUCUGGCUGUGUACUCAAUGGAUCUACUCAUCCUGCUUGGGAUUUGUUCUUGCAGAUGAAAGAGCAAGGUGUCAAGCCAAACCAAGCAACGCUUACUAGUGUGAUCCGUGCCUAUAGUCUUGAUAAAAUGGUGAAAGAAGGGAUUCAACUUUUCUCUAGCAUGAUGGAAGAAUACCAGUUAACUCCAAGCUCAGAGAAUUAUAGGGAAAUGGUAGAGCUCUUUGGCCGUUCUGGAAGGCUAGGAGAGGCUUCUGAACUCAUUGAAAACAUGCAGAUAGAGCCAGACUCUGCUGUAUGGAAUGCACUUCUAACUGCUGCGAGAAUCCAUGGCAAUUUCAAGGUUGCGAGCCUUGCAGCAAAGCAUUUGAUAAGGUUGGAACCAAAUAAUACAAGAUUCCAGAGACUGUUGUCAUAUUUGCAAACUUUUAUUGUGAAAGAUGGUGACCUGUCAAAAGAACUGAAGCCCAAAAGUGAGAAUAGUACCUCAGUUUCUUGUGAUUGUUGCUGGAUUGAAGUUAAAAACAAGAUUCACACCUUUUCUACCGGUGACAAGCCUACUGCUGAGAUGGAGCCUAAGCUGGACGAGUUUAACGGAAUGGCUGAAGAGAUCAAGACGUCAAUGAUGCCUGGAUUUCUAGGUUCAAAACUUGACAUCGAAGGGUUGGAAGACAACGGUGCGAUCCAUGGUGAGAAACUGGCAGUAGCAUUCAGUCUAAUCAACACACCCAGAUUAAGAACUAUAAAAAUAAUCAAGAGCGUCAAGAUGUGUACGGAAUGUCACAACAUCGUGAAGUUAGUGUCCAAGGUGUAUCGGCGUGAGAUUCUGCUCAAGGAUCCAGCGUGUUUGCACUUUUUUAAGGAUGGUAACUGUUCAUGCAGAGACUAUUGGUAAUUUAACAGGGGUUAGGAAGAUGAAGGUUCUUAUGGUCUUUUUCUGGGAAUUACACAACCUGCACAAAUUUUGUCUAAGGAUGUUCAGUCAACAAAUAGACAUCAUACCGUAUAAUUUGUCGGUUGAUACGGUAUUCAUAAUAAAAGUUUUUCCAUAGCCAGCGCGGUUAUGUUUCAAGCCAUCCAAAAAGAACACAUGACCACCUAUAUUAUCCACAUCAUCCCAUACUUUCUUAUAAGAAUCCCUCUCUGAUACCGUAAUGCGACUCACUUCUUCUGGUCUCACACUCCCCUUGACGAGUUCUAACAAGAUGUAGCUCCCCACGAGAUUCUACCAAGUAUCCCACAUGAGCGCGCAUCCCUGCUGGAGAUUUUUAACAUUGGUUGUUUCCAACGUGUUAAUUCCGGGGCUUGGGCAGCAGUCAAUUGCCACAAAAUUGAACCGUGUCAGCCCAAAAGACAAUCUUCUAAUUAAGGGUUGGCAAGGAGAUUCCGAUUGCUGUUUUUGUGGGCUCACAGUUUGAAUCAAGAGACCGUUUAUUCUUCUCAUGCCCUAUAUCUCAACAAGUCUGGAAUCACUUUAAAGGAUACUAUCUUCCAUUUCAAUGGCCUAUAUCCUUUGAAGAAUUUCUUCACACGUUGGAAGCUCUUAAAAGCAUUGAGGGACAUCUAUGGCGAACCAUCUUUUCCUCAGUUUGUUGGACUCUUUGGACCACAAGAAACAAAUUUCUUUUUGAGCAAGUUAAUUUCUCAUACAUAUCUAUCAUUAAUCAUGCAAUCUCUGGUGUUUAUGACUGGACGGGAGCUAAGAGUGGAUCUGUUGCACUAAAGGUAUCAGCUGCACUUGAGGAAAACCUCAUAUCAAGGAUCAGUGGAUGAAGAAGUCAGUGAUAGUCUCACUAUAGAAGCUGAAAGAAGUUUUUUGGUUUUAUUGUAUAUAUAUAAAAACAAUCUUAUAUAUUUUGUUUUGUUUAAUGUUGGUUAAUAGAAAAUCUAGUUUCUGAUAAUUAUAUGUAUACCUGGCUUUGGUUCUUUCUUAUAUCUAUGUCAACGAUGAAUGACGGCAAGACUCACUCUUCGUCUUCAUGGAUCUUUGGAAGAAGAAUGUUAUACAUCCCUAAGUAUAAGAAACUAUAUUUUCUAAUUUCCAACAUUGAGAUACAGUUCGUAUCCAAAACUUUUUGUACUUAAUACUUUGUACUUUU